AUGGACGGGGACGACCUCAUCGCCUCGGUCUACCGCAAGAUCGAGCGGGAAAAGGCCCUGAUCACCGCCGCGUCCAAUAUGCGACAGUCGACCAAUAACCCCCUCGUGCAGCAGAGAGUCGAUGCGAAUAUCCGUGAUGGUCGAAAGAACAUUGCUUACUUGGAGGAGAAGAUGAGAGAGUUGCAGCUACGUCGAGACGGAGAAUCCCCCACGGACAAGCGUCUCCCGCCUGAACCGGGUGCAGGACCAGCCCCUCCUCCGAAGGACUAUGGUACCGGCUAUGACGAGUAUGACGCCUCGGGGGCUUACCCGCAAGGAGGAUCUGGUUCCAUGCCGACAGGCGCUCCCUUUGCAGAUCCCCGGCCUUUCGCUCCUGUUCCCAAGGCCCGGCCGAAUUUUACUAAACUUGACUUGAUCAAAUAUGAUACCCCGUAUCUCGGACCUAAGAUCCAGCUCAUGUUGUCCCAACUCGAGUUUAAACUGAGUGUGGAAAAGCAAUACAAAGCGGGUAUUGAAAAGAUGGUUCGCCUGUAUCAGGAUGAGGGUGAUAGGAAGAGUCGCGCGGAUGCCGAGGGUCGGCGGAUCGAGAGUAAUCAGAAAAUUCAGCUGCUAAAGCAGGCCUUGAAGCGAUAUGAAGAUCUUCACGUUGACAUUGAAUCGACAGACGACCCAGACGAUGAGAGCCUGAACACACCCAACAUGCGCAAGCCACUUACUGGUCUUCUAACAUUGCGUAUCCAGGCGGUUACCGAUGUAGAUCAUGCCACCAGCUCGAGAUUCUCUCGGGGCCCCGAGACUUUCGUCAUCAUCAAAGUUGAAGACACUAUCAAAGCCCGUACAAAAGCAACCCGGACUGAUAGAUGGCAAGAUGAGACCUUCACUAUUGACAUUGACAAAGCAAACGAAAUCGAACUUACCGUGUACGACAAGUCGGGUGACAGGCCCACUCCGAUUGGCAUGCUUUGGGUGCGCAUCUCCGAUAUCGCCGAAGAGAUGCGUCGCAAGAAGCUGGAGAGCGAGCUCAAUGCAUCAGGUUGGGUUUCUGCGGAUAAGAUGGAACACGGCGGUUCGUCGGGACGGCCUGACACCGCUGGGCAGCCGGGAUCUCCGCAUGCCCCAGGCUCCGCUGGGCAUUCUGGUCCUACUGCGCAGGGUUAUGCAGGUGCUCCGGGUGGAGCGCCCUCCUUAAACUCAGUGAUGAUCGAGUCUUGGUUCGCAUUGGAGCCCGUGGGUCGAAUCCAUCUAUCAAUGAGCUUUGCCAAACAAUUGAAGGAUCGACGACCGUUCGACAUUGGUCUUAACCGACAGGGUGCCGUUCGUCAGAAGAAGGAAGAGGUCCACGAAAUGCAGGGGCACAAGUUCGUCACUCAACAAUUUUACAAUAUCAUGCGUUGUGCCCUCUGUGGCGAUUUCCUGAAAUAUGCUGCCGGUAUGCAAUGUGCCGACUGCAAGUAUACGUGUCACCGCAAGUGUUACCCGAAGGUCGUUACCAAGUGUAUCAGCAAAGCAAAUUACGAGACGGAUCCAGACGAGGAGAAGAUCAAUCAUCGUAUUCCCCAUCGGUUCGAGGGCUUCUCCAACCUCUCUGCCAACUGGUGUUGUCACUGCGGUUACUUGCUCCCAUUUGGACGUAAAAAUGCCAAGCGAUGCUCAGAAUGUGGUCUCACUUGCCAUGCCCAUUGUACUCAUCUUGUACCUGACUUCUGUGGCAUGUCUAUGGAAGCCGCGAACCAGAUCUUAGAAACAUUGAUUCAUGCUAGGAAUCACAAUAAAUCCCUUUCUGUUAGUUCUGGUCUCAGUGGCCGCACCCUGCGGCCAGGUGGCCCGCCUCAGACCCCUCAGGAUCCUGCUCUUGCAUAUCCGCAAAAACCUGUGGAGAGCCCAUAUGGGUUACCUCAGAGAGAGCCUUCUGCCGAAGCCGUGAGCGCUGCAACUAACUCCUAUAUACCCCCACAGUCUCCAACGGCCGCACAGCGACAGCAAAUGCCGCCAAGAACGUCAUCUGCAGGUCCUGCCGCUGCCGCUGCCGCUGCCGCCACAGGCAUGCGCACCCCCCAACAGAUCCCUACAGGUCCGGUGCAAACCCUGCCGCCUUCGCACGCCCACUAUGACCCUGCCGCGUAUGUGUCCUACCAACAAAGCAUGGCGCCCCCGCCGCAACAGCAGAUGCCGCAGAAGGUUGCGUCGCCUUACGGGGUACCUCCACAGCAGCAGCCUGUGCCAGUAAUGCAGCAACAGGUGGCUAUGAAAGAAGAUGCUCCGCCCCAGCAACCCAAGGUCAGGAUUGGCUUGGAUCAUUUCAAUUUCCUGGCUGUCCUUGGUAAAGGUAACUUUGGAAAGGUCAUGCUGGCUGAAACGAAGAGCACCAAGAAGCUUUAUGCUAUCAAGGUUUUGAAGAAGGAAUUCAUCAUUGAGAACGAUGAAGUGGAGAGUACUAAAUCUGAGAAGCGUGUCUUCUUAGUUGCGAACAAAGAACGCCAUCCAUUCCUUCUCAAUCUCCAUGCUUGUUUCCAGACGGAAACUCGUGUGUACUUUGUCAUGGAAUAUAUCAGUGGUGGUGAUCUAAUGUUGCACAUUCAGCGCGGCCAGUUUGGUCUGAAACGAGCACAGUUCUACGCUUCAGAAGUUCUGCUGGCUCUCAAAUAUUUCCAUGAGAACGGUGUUAUCUACCGUGAUCUGAAGCUCGAUAACAUUCUUUUGACGCUUGAUGGCCACAUCAAGAUUGCAGAUUAUGGUCUUUGCAAAGAAAAUAUGUGGUAUGGCGCCACCACAAGCACAUUCUGUGGAACUCCCGAAUUUAUGGCACCUGAGAUUAUUUUGGAUAAGAAAUACGGUCGAGCAGUUGAUUGGUGGGCAUUUGGUGUGCUGAUCUACCAGAUGCUUCUGCAACAAUCUCCCUUCCGUGGUGAAGAUGAGGAUGAAAUCUAUGAUGCCAUUCUUGCCGAUGAACCCCUGUAUCCGAUCCACAUGCCCAGGGAUUCCGUUUCGAUUCUUCAGAAACUACUCACUCGCGAGCCGGAACUAAGACUUGGCUCCGGCCCGACCGAUGCUCAAGAGGUCAUGUCUCAUGCCUUCUUCAGGAACAUCAACUGGGAUGAUAUCUACCACAAGCGCGUCCCUCCGCCGUUCUUGCCGACCAUCACCAGCCCCACGGAUACAAGCAACUUCGACCAGGAGUUCACCAGCGUCACACCUGUUCUGACGCCUGUGCAAUCCGUCCUCUCCCAAGCCAUGCAGGAAGAAUUCCGCGGUUUCUCCUACACGGCAGACUUCGCCUGA